AUGCCUGCCAACACCACUUCGGGUAAUAACUUCACAACGAAGAAGGACCCAGUAAGAAAGCAAUUGAUUGCGAAGAAGAAAAAACAAAAGUUCUCUGAUGCACUAUUCCAGAUGCGAAUGGAAGCGAAAAAGGUUCUCCCAACUGUCUUUGAAUCGGAAGAAGCCCCCGACGCCAAUUCCACCGCGAUCGACGAAGAAGACGAUCUCGAUGGAGACUGGGUGAUCGAAAUUACUGACGCUGACAUCGACGAAGCGUGGACGUGUCCCUUCUCUAUAUACGACGCGCCUUCAUCUACCUCUUCAAAGGACUCCCAACGUGUGGGUGGCGAUCAAGUCCUCGAGAUCGAACCCACCAGGGACGAUGUAGUUCGACAGUCUGCUCGUACUACUGUCUUGGAGGAAGACUCUGAGGAAUCUCUCCCUCUACUACUCGAUAUGACCGGCGACGUCCUCGACGCCGCAGAGGAACAGGCAGCGAGGAUCCAGAGGUACGUGGGCGCCUAUACCUACAGGGUCCGAGAUGGCCUGUCUCCGCGUCGAGCGGUGGCAGGAGUUCUACGCCCCUGGAGAGUCAAAGCGCUUUCAACCAUGUCGUCCGACUUUCCGCAGGUCCUGAUCAAAGCGUUUGCCUCUUAUUUGAAGACGCAGAAGAUGGGAGUCGCGGUUGUGGCAACACGUUUCCUGCGCUUUGACCGGACAAAGCGCGUCAUUAAGACAGCGUCAAAGCGCCCCGUCAAAGCGCUUCGGCACAACGAACUUAUAAAAGGACACAUACUCUCGAAUACCUCCAAACCACCCACUCCUCCACUUCUUACUACCCAUCAACCAACCACCACGAUGCAAAGCCUAUCACUCUGGUCCUCAAAGAAGCCAUCUGACACCCCAGCCCCCCCUCUCAAAACAUACAUCAACACAGAGAACAUGGCCGUCGACGAAAUACUAGCAUACCAAGACCGACUCAGUCGUGGCGGUACACCCUACAUUCCUGAUGGUCCAUCACCCACUCACGCUGGAGGACUCGGGUGUUUCGCAGGCCGCGAUACUCUCGGAGGGUUCUUGCAUUCCGAAAGCGACAAUGAGGAAGAUGAGGAUGGUAAUGACCAGCCAAUGGGCGCCAAGAAGGGCGGUACGAGGACGAGGAAUUCGUCCCCGCGAGGAAGUUCUUCCUCUGCGUCUUCCACAUACUCGGGUGCGUCGAAGAACCAGACGUCGUCGUCGUUCUUAGGGCUGGAUAAGAUCAAGCAACUCUUCUGUGCGGAAGAGGAGUGUGAGUUGUUGAAGCAGAUGAGGGAGUCAGUGGAGAUCGAGCAGCCGGAGAAGCAUAAGAAUUGA